AAACAGCAGCACACGCGCUUGACACUAAGAAGUGAAUCGAUAACUCUGUUCGCCAGCGCCGGAAAAUGGCGUCUGGAGGAUACCCUUCUUCCUCAGGAAGUGGACAAGGUUACUCUGGAAACCCACCGCCUGUAAUGAUGCCCGGUGGUUAUCCGGUAGCAGGAAUACCAAUGAUGCCACCUGGAUAUGGUCCCCCUGGAAUGCCGCCUUUUCAGCCUGUUGCCAUGCCAACUGGUCAGCCAAUGGCUUAUCCCCCAGGUGGCAUGCCUGGAAUGCCUUAUCCUCAACAACUUCCCCAGCAGACUAUGGGGCAGCAAGUGACUGGAACAUUUCAACCAAUACCAAGUAGUGGUUCACCAGUAGUGAUGAUGCCUGCUGUUGUGAGACCUAUGCAAGUGGCAGCUGAGUCUGGGGGCACCAGCUCCCCUUCAGUAGUCAAACAAAUCCAAGAACAAGAAAAUAAACCUGCAGACAGCCCAACACAAACCAACAAAUCUGAGCAACAACAGAAUGAGAAGGAAGAGGUCAAGAAAGAGAAGAAGAAGGUCAAGAAACCAAAACCUCCAAAGAAAAAGACCCCAUGGACAGAACACAAGGCUCCUGAUGGAAGAACAUACUUCUACAAUACAGACACCAAAGUGUCCACAUGGCAAAAGCCAGCAGAACUCAAGACUCCAGGAGAGGUUCAACUUGACUCCUGUCCUUGGAAAGAGCACAAGUCAGACACUGGUAGAAUUUAUUAUCACAACAAUGAAACCAAAGAAUCAACUUGGACAAUCCCAAAGGAACUGGCAGAACUUAAGGAAAUAAUAAAACAAGAACAAGAACAAGAAGAGGAAGAGGAAGUUUCAGAAGAAGAAGAUGAAGAUGAGAACAAGGAAAGUGAUGAAAAAGAUGGCAAAAAAGCUGAUGAGGGAACUGCCCAAGAUUACCCCAUGGCAAGUGCAGUGAAUGUAAGUGAAACUCCAGCUGUUGCCACUGUGGAGAAGAAAGAGUAUGUUUAUGAAACAAAGGAAGAAGCUAAACAAGCUUUCAAAGAACUCCUGAGAGAAAAGGAGGUUCCAUCUAAUUCCACUUGGGAUAAUGCCAUGAGAAUGAUUGUUAAUGAUCCCAGAUAUGGAGCCCUGAAGAAAAUGAAUGAGAAAAAACAAGCAUUCAAUGAGUAUAAAACAAAAAGAGCCAAUGAGGAAAAGGAGGAACAAAGACAAAAAGCAAAACAGGCUCGUGAAGACUUGCGUAGCUUCUUGGAAAAGCAUCCUAAGAUGCACUCUUCAGUGCGAUGGCGCAGGGCAGGGGAAUUGUUUGAUGGUGAACCAAUGUGGGAGGCUGUACAUGAAAGAGACAGGAAAGAUGUGUUUGAGGAUGUAGUUUUCUUCCUGACAAAGAAGGAAAAGGAAGAGGAGAAGGAACAACGAGCACACAACAGAAAGCUGAUGUUAACAGUGUACAAUUCCAUGCCUGGUAUUACUUACAGGACCACUUGGACUGAGGCCUUGCAGAUGCUUAAAGAACACCCAACUUAUAAAGAUGAUGAUGAAAUUCAAGACUGUGAAAAAGAAGACAUGUUGAUAUCAUUUGAGGAGCACAUCAGGGCUCUGGAACAGGAGGAAGAAGAGGAGAAGCAAAGAGAGAAGAACAGAGUGAAACGACAGCAAAGAAAAAAUAGGGAAGGAUUUCUGGUUUUGUUAGAUGAGUUGCACAAGAGAGGCAAACUUCACUCCAUGUCGUUAUGGAUUGACUUGUAUCCAACAAUCAGUGCAGAUGUUCGCUUUACAAACAUGUUAGGUCAACCUGGGUCAACUCCUUUAGACCUUUUCAAGUUUUAUGUGGAAGACUUGAAAGCCAGAUUCAGUGAAGAAAAGAAAAUUAUAAAAGAAAUUUUGAAGGAUCUUGACUUUACAGUUGAUAUUAACACUGGUUUUAGCGAGUUUAAUGACCUUGUCAAACGAGAUCUCAGGAGUGAUACACUGGAUCCUGGAAACAUCAAAAUGUCAUUCAAUCAUCUGAUUGAAAAAGCUGAAGCAAGAGAGAAAGAACGAAUGAAAAAGGAAGAAAGAGAGCAAAGAAGACGAGAAAGUUCCUUCAAGCAGCUCCUCAAGUCAUGUACUCCAGUGAUUGAGGCGAACUCUACUUGGGACGAGGUGAGGGAAAGACUCGAGGAAGAUCCUGCAUUUGCAGCAGUCACAGUGGAAUCUGAACGAAUAAGGCUUUUUAAUGAACACGUUGGUUCACUUGAGGCAUGUACCCAUAAUCAUUCAAAAUCACACAAAAAAACAAAGAAAGCCAAGAAACAUAGGAAAAGGUCAAGAUCUCGAUCGCCCAGUGGGGAGUCGUCUCAAUCUGAAGAAGAAUUUCCCAAAGAAAAAACAUCGUCACACAAAAAGAAACGUCACAAGCGAUCACGCUCUAAGUCACCAGAAUCCUCUGCUUCCGAAUCAGAACAAGAAAAAGAACCAAGUUCGUCAAAAAAGAAAAAGCAUAAGAAGAAAUCAAAGAAGAAGAAACAACGAUCGCCCGACGAAGAAUCUGAGGGUGAAAGGUACAACAGAGAGAAAGAGGACAAGGAGAAGGAGAGGGACAAGGGCCGCCGAGAGCGUGACAAAGUUCGAGAAAAGGAGGCGGACCGUAGCAGGGAAGGAGAAAGAGAACGAGAACGUGAGAGGGAGAAAGAAAGGGACUACAAAGAGAAAGACCGAGACAGGGACAGAGAAAGAGACAAAGAUAGGGAUAGGGACAGAGAAAAAGAUCUGGAUAAGGAUAGAGAAGCUGACAAAGGAAAGGACAAGUCCAAGAAAUCACAGGAUAAGACCGCGUGGGAUACUACCUCGAGUGAGAGCGAAAGUGAACUGGAAUGCAGACGAAGAGCCCUGCUGAAGCAACUUGGCGCUGAUGGGGACGACCACUAGACUGUGACAAAGACAACAAGUUGAAACGAAAAUAGAACUACGAUUGGUAGUUUGUUUCUCUCCUCCCUCUCCUCUGAGAUGGCGAAUCGAAAUAAUACCUUCUUUAAAGAAA